AUGGCGAGCGGGCCGCGGGGCUCCUGGAGCGAGUGGCCCGUGGAUCACUUCCUGCGCACCGGGAGCAUCGCGGCCAGGGACGGCGCCGCCGUGCGCUGGUUCCACGCCGCCAACAGCCGGGCCCGGGCGGCGGAGGCCGCGCGGAGUGAUGUGCACAUGGUGGAGGUGGAUGUUCUCCUCCGGGGAGGGCAUGGGGACCCCAUCCUGGCUCACCCCCCGGACACUGACAGCGACAUCACCCUGCAGGAGUGGCUGGCACAGAUGGGCAGCACCGAUAAAGGCAUCAAGCUGGACUUUAAGAGCCUGGCCGCCGUGGGACCCUCUCUGGAGCUGCUGGGGCAGCUGGAGCAGCCGCUGGCCGGGCCCGUGUGGCUGAACGGGGACAUCCUGCCCGGGCCCCGCGGCAGCUGCGCGCCGCUGGACGCCCGCGCCUUCCUGGGCGCUGUCACCUGCUCCUGCCCCGGCGCCACCCUGUCCCUGGGCUGGACCACGGCCUGCCACCCUCUGAGUGUGUCCCCAGGCUACCAGUGGCCCAUGGUGCAGGAGAUGUCCCGGCUGUGCCAGCCCCUGUCCCAGCCCGUCACCUUCGCUGUCAGAGCCGCGCUGCUGCCCAGCUCCAUCCCACAGCUCCAGUGGCUGCUCCAGCAGUCACACAGAUACAGCCUCACUGUUUGGGCAGGAAAGGAAGAUGUGUAUUCUGUAGAAGACUUGCUUCUCAUCCGGGAGAACUUUGAUAAAAGCAGGGUUUAUUAUGACAUUUUUGAGCCACAAAACUCUGAAUUCAAGAAAGCCAUUGGAAUAGAAUGCUAAAUGUGAAGCAGGCAGUGCCUGACCCUAUAAUGCUUUAUGCUGUAAAUCCCUUUAACUGUGAGGAUUGUUUUGCCCAAGGAAAUGCAUUUUCCUUGCCAGGAGGACCAUGGCUGUGGUUAUUGGAGGAGUUGUUGUGUUUGAGGCCCCUCAAAUAGAAAUGUAGGGGAUUGGCUUCUGCCGAACACCACGGACAAUGCAGGGAAAACCACAGAUUUCUCCCACAGUAACAGAGGACAUUUUAACUUCUCAAUUAAAGCUAAUGCCCCGAGAAGCAUUACUUUGGCAACUUCUUGCCCUCCUUUUCCCCUUCCUCUCACAUGCUUCCUGUGGGAAUUUUGUUAACUCAGAUACUGU